AGUACGAAAAAGCAGAUGGAAAGGACAAGUGACAGUGUUCACCUGCAGGGGAGAUAUGUAGAGAUGAAGCCGGGUGCAGGAGGACAGCCGAGGUGAAAUAAACGGGUGAGAUAGAGAGAGUUGGAAAGUAGGCCUUAGUCGUUCAGUCAGUAGUCAACUGCGUGCCAAGACGAUUGGUUGUCGUAAUGUUCGCGGUUUUCUGUUUGCUGCUCCUCUCCAGUCUAGGUCACUGUCAGGACAAUGCUCUUCCAUCGAGACUCGAGAUCGAGAGCUCGAUCAACCGUACGAUCGAAGAAGUGGAGAGACAGGUUCGCGAAGACUCCAGGCUGCCCAGGCUGACUAGACAAGACAUAGUGAAGAUUCUGGAAAACAUCACGUCGCAGGAUUUGAACGAAUUCAAAGACGAAGAAAAAUUCGAACAAGCGAGGAACAUGUAUCAAAGAGCACUAAUGGUGGUUCUCCCUUAUAACGCGGAAGAAUCAUCCGGGAACUUGAAGGAUCUUUACACGAAGCCACCGAUGACAAAGAUAAUCCCCGAUUUUCUAUCAGAGAUUAAGAGCAAGAACGAGCCUGAGGAAGGGAAAAUGAAGAAAGAGAAUGACAAUGCGGAGAAUUCUGAGAGUUUGGUUACUGAGAAUUUAAUAGUGAAUCAGAAUUCUUAUGAAAUUGCUCCGAAAGAGUCCACCACGAUGAAGAAUCAUUACAAAAAUCAUAGGGACACGUACUCGGAAGUGCGUACGAAAGUGCCUCUGAAAGAUUCGUUAAAAAUAGAUGGCACGCCUGUUAGGUUCACUUUCAAUUUGGAGAAUCUUCGGAAAAGCGCGUUCACCACCGAGGAAACGACCACGAGGAAAUAUCCGAUUUACAAUGGAAGCAAAAGUUCCGACUUGGAGAUUGUUUACAGCACCAGCGUUGCCGAAGAGCCUACGACGAAACCGGCUUCGAAGGAAAUUACUAUCGACUUGGAGAGAUACAAAGUGAAUCAGAACAUAUUGACAUCCAGUCAAUGGCGUUACAACGCACCGCCUAGUACCACCAUGAAACCAACUGUGCCUUCCAAACUGGAGAAAACACCGUUCCUCCCAACUAUUAACACGCAGCUUGAAGAUCGUCUUAACGUUUCCUCGACGCGCAAACCAGAGGUCAGAACGAAAGACAGCAGUGUCGUGGAAAGUUUCGUACUGAAUUCUGAGGGGCCAACAGCCCUUUUUGUGACACCGAUGCCUACCGAAACGUCAUCGAAAGCAAAGUACAGUUCCACGUACUCCUUGAACUCAACGGGAUUCCGUCAAACAGUGCCAACGACGGCGACUACUAUCACUACUACAACCUCUAUGAGGCCGGAAGUGAUGGAUCUGUUGGCUUCGAUUGGUUUACGGCCGAACAACAGCAACAACGUCGAAGAUGUUUACGAAAGGAACAAGGAAAUUCUGGAGAGUAAAAUUAAAUUCCCGCAUCUGAACAGCAUUCACAGCUUGAUUUCAGGCCUGAUUCCCGAUAGAAGCAACGCGGCAUCGAUCGUCAACCGAAACACAUUCGAGAAGCCAGGAUCCGAGAUCAAGAAAGGUAUGGAGAAUCUGACGCCGGACGUUCAAUUGCUGUUCAAAAGAUUCGGCAUUCAAACACAGAAUUUGGUACUCCAGCCGACGACAACAGAGAGGACGAUUCUUAACUUGAACUCGUACACAAACUUCAAGCCUCUACCUACGUCAAGCGUGAAAGAUCAAGAGAUGAAGGAGUUCUUGGCUAAAUUUGGACUUGGCGUCGACGCAAAUCGAAGGGAGAAAUCGAUGAAACCAUCCACAGAGAUCCCCUCCUUGAUCGAAGCUGUACCGAGCAACAUGAAAGGGAUCUUGGAGAACAUUGGCCUAAUUACUAAUUCUCGAAAGACAAUAGAUUCUAUGAAGGGCACGGGAUCGACAGAGACAUCCAAGUUUCACGUGUUCAAACCUCACGAAGCGGCUAUGAACAACGAAGAGCAGAUGAGUAAAAUCAACGAGCUGUUGGAUACAGUGAAACUAGUGCAGCAGGGUAAAGCUGACAUUCGGAAUGUCAAGAAAGUGGCGAACGACCUGUUGCGAACCACGAAAACCCUUAAUGACGGGCCAGACCCGCUGAAGCUCGAGGAGAUCAUCAGAUCUUACAACGAAGACGUCAGGAACGAAGUGAAAAGGCAACAAGAUGCAGAAGAGAAGAAAGAAACAAGCACCAGUACCACCACGGAACAAACCACCCCUUCGCCGAUCGUAACGACUGAAUUGGCAGAAACCACCUCCGCGACGACAGAUUCCUCAGCAGCAAAUUCCGAUCAGUCGAAAUCGGCCACUUCCACCUCCGCUAGCACUUCGACGUCGGAUCUGAUUGCUUUGGAAGAGUCGUUCGGUGGCACGACUAAAGAACCCGACACUGCUCUACCUCCGAGAAGGAAAAGCGGCCUUUACUUCCUCGUCGAUUGGAAUUCGUUCCUCGAGGUCGGCGAGGACGACAAGGAGAAGGUGAAUUUGAGGUUCGCGCCAAAAGUCGGCGACAAAGCGAGAUUCUUACCAGUGACAGUGCCGUAAAAAAAAUUAACGAUACUCGACAUAUUGCUUGU